UCUGCUGCCAGGAAGCGGCCGGCGCACGAGUGGCGCGAGGCUUGGCUUCCACGUGCGAGCCUGCUCCACCACCCCGCCCUCUCCGAGCGCCCAAGCCUGGGGGAUCCGUCUCCAUGAACGAUACCUACGCCCUGCCGUGGCACUAGCUGUGGCCAGGACGUCCGGGUGCAGUCGCCUGCCUCUGGAUCUCGCUCCAGCAUCCACUGCCCGACGUGCAGGACGCUGCGCGACCAUGGAGAGUCUGAGUCGGUCAUGCCUGUGGCUGCGUCAGGAGCUGUCGUCCCCGCGCCCACAGCUUCUGCUGCUGGACUGCCGCAGCCGGGAGCUGUAUGAGUCGGCGCGCAUCUGCGGGGCGCUGAGCGUGGCCCUGCCCUCGCUGAUGCUGCGCCGCCUGCGGAGGGGGAGCAUGUCGGUGCGGUCGCUCUUGCCUGGGCCACCACUGCAGCCUCCCCCACCGGCCCCUGUGCUCCUAUACGACCAGGGUAGUAGUGGCCAGUGCCAUCGUGAAGCAGCGGAGGCUGAAGCGAAGGCCGAAGCUAAGGCUGAAGCGGAGGCCGAAGCUAAGGCUGAAGCGGAGGCCGAAGCUAAGGCUGAAGCGGAGGCCGAAACUAAGGCUAAAGCGGAGGCCGAAGCUAAGGCUGAAGCGGAGGCCAAAGCGGAGGCUAAAGCGGAGGCCAAAGCGGAGGCCAAAGAAGAGUGGGAUGCUGACUCAGUGCUGGGCGUCCUGCUCCAGAAGCUUCGGGAAGAAGGCUACCCAGCAUACUACCUACAGGGUGGCUUCAGCAAGUUCCAGGCCGAGUGUCCUCACCUGUGUGAAACCAGCUUCAGUGGUCGUGCUCGCUCAGGCCUGGGCUCAAUGUCUAGCUCAGUGCCUGUGGUGGGGCUAGGUGGCCUGUGCUUGAGCUCUGAUUUCUCUGAUGCAGAAUCUGAGGCUGACCGUGACACCUUGAGCUGUGGCCUAGAUUCUGAGAGCACCACAUCCCCUCCAGCUGGGCUGCUACCACCCUUCCCAGUCCAGAUCCUGCCCAAUCUCUACCUAGGCAGUGCUCGAGAUUCAGCCAAUUUGGAGAGCCUGGCCAAGCUUGGCAUCCGCUAUAUCCUCAAUGUCACCCCCAACCUUCCUAACCUCUUUGAGAAGAAUGGUGACUUCCACUACAAGCAGAUCCCCAUCUCUGACCAUUGGAGCCAGAAUCUGUCCCAGUUCUUUCCGGAGGCCAUUGCAUUCAUUGAUGAGGCCUUGUCGCAGAACUGUGGGGUGCUCGUCCACUGUCUGGCAGGGGUCAGCCGCUCUGUCACUGUCACCGUGGCCUACCUCAUGCAGAAGCUUCACCUCUCACUCAACGAUGCCUACGACUUGGUCAAGCGGAAGAAGUCUAACAUCUCACCUAACUUCAACUUUAUGGGGCAGCUGCUAGACUUUGAACGCAGCCUGCGCCUGGGGGGGAAGCGCUCCGGCGGGCGGGGCAGUGGGGGACCAGAGUCCACCGUCUCAGACCCACCUUCCUUCUUUACUACCCCUACCAGCGAUGGGGUCUUUGAGCUGGACCCCACAUAAAGCCGCAUGGAGCUGAUGGGCUGGUCCCUACUUAUGACCCCUAGUAUUAGCAGGGAUGGGAUGCAGCCAUAAGCAGGGAGAGGGAAAAGGGGAAGGGGGGAGGGAAAGCUCAAUACCUCAUGUGGGAACAGAGUAGAAACCUGCCCCACACACUCAAGGCCAGCCCCAGAUUCUAUUCCACGUGCCUACUGGUGGGCCCGGGGCUUCGGGCCUGACCCUCCCCGCUCUAGAGCGGGGCCAUGCUCCAGAACCUGCCUCUUCUGUGACUGUUACUUUCUUUUUUCAGGGUGGGAGUGGGGCUUCCUAUCCAAGAGACCAUUCCAGAUUGCUGCCUGGGCCCUGGCCCUUCUUGCUGUUUCAUCUUCAGGAAGAGUGUAUCAUUCUUUGCCACAGGAGCCUGCUCUUGGUUCCAUACCUGUCCCCAAAUGUCCACCUGUGGGAGCAGACCUGACCACUUUGACUGGUGUAGACUCCUUCCUGCUUCUCUCACUAGGGCUUAGACUUCUUAGAACUGUAGGGUGUGAACCCAGAGACACAAUGGCUGCUCUCCGCAUCCACAGGGACAGCCUCUCUGGGUGGCUUUUUGCUGGGCAGUGUCACAUGGGAGGGCAUGGGCCUGGGAGCCAAUGGGCGAGAUCCCAGCCACACAUCUGGUGCCCUGACUGUUUCUUUCCUCCUCCCCCAGAUGUCUUGACAGGAUCACUGAGACUCUUUGUGACUGAGGGUGGUCAAACUGCCACCGGAGGAGAUAGGGUCUCAGAGCUAGAGCUGAGGGGGAGGGAGGGAAAGAUGAAGGCCUCAAUUUUGCUACUGUGAGUCUCACACAGCCACUGUUGGUUUGGGGGGCAGGGAAGGGGCCAAGCUGCAGACACACAUGGUCAUUCAUUGCAGUCCACACCCCGUUGUACACUCUGUGUGUGUGUGUGUGUGUGUGUGUGUGUGUGUGUGUGUGUACACACACACACACACUAGCCCACUCAUACUCAGCCUGGAGCUGGCAGUACCUGUGGCAGCAGGACCAUCUUGUCUUUGUUUUUGUAAUCCACAUCAUAAUCACAUUCUG